AUGAAAAACAAAGAAGCCGCAGCGAGCCUCAAGCGGUGUUCCCGUGGCUCACGCGUGGUAGUAGCAGCAGCAGCAGAAGUGGCAGCUCUGCAGCAGCAUCGGCAGCGGCACGGGGAGCGAGCUGCAGCAGACGCCACAGCAGCAACAGCAGAGGCUGACGCAACAGCUGCAGCAGAACCUAUAGCCGCAGUUGCAAAAGUGGAUGUAGAAGCUGCUGCAGCAGGAGGGUCAAGGGCAGCAGCAGCGACUGCAGCAACGCAGCAAGCCAUAGCUGCUGCUGCAGCAGCAAAAAGCAGCUCCUCCGGCAGUAAAAUAUUCCUUGAAUUUCCCUGCGGCGCCUCAGCAGGAAAUAUGAAAGCAGCUGAGGCAGCAGACACGGGCCUUCCCGCUCCAGCUGCCUCAGCUGCAUCCCGCCGCAGCCCCUCACCGCCUGCAGCAGCAGCAGCAGUAGCAGAAGCGGCAGCAGCUGCAACUGCAGCAGCAAACAGAAAAGAAAAAGUGACAGGAGCAGCAGCAGAUGCGGCAGCUUCAGCGUCGACUGUAAAGCGGGCGGCGUUGGCCGCACUCAGAACAGCAGAUUUGUCACCGGCCAAGCGCCUGCACAGGGAGACUCUGCAGCAGCAGCAACAGCAGCAGCAACAACAGCAGCAGUCCUCAAGUCCAUUGAUGCGAGCUGCUGUUACUCCCCUCAGAACUGGUAAGAAGGGACAGGAAGCCACAGCCUCCAAUGCCUCUCUACCUCCAGCAUCCGCAGCAGCAGCAACAGACUCAGCAGCAGCUGCUGCUGCUGCAGCUGCAGAUGCAGCAGAGGCUGCCUCCCCCAUAGGCUCGCCUGCCCCUCCCCGCCGCGUCCAGCAGCAGCCGCGCACGGGGGAUUUGCUGCAGCAGGCUUCGACGCCCAUCUCAUCCAGCAGGCCCAGACCCCGGAGCAGCAGCGGCAGCAGCAGCAGCAGCAGCAGGAAAGAGCCCAGCCUUGAUGCCGUUCCACUGCCUUUUAGAAAAGGCUUCAAUAGGGUAGCUGAGGCGGGGGGCCCCCUGCGGCUGCCGCAGCUGGGGGCCCUUUUUGGGUUUUUGGGGGACUUGAGGGCCCCCCUGCCGCUGCUGCAGGUGGUGGGUGCUGCUGGCAGCGGCAAGAGCUUCUUGCUGCAGCUGCUGCUGGCAGAGUGCAGCGUGGCUCACGGCUAUGUCGAUGCUGCUGCUGCUGCUGCUGUCGACGGGUCAGCUGGCCGCAAUUUGCUGUACCUACGCCUGCUGCGCAGUCUUGCUGCUUCUCUCAAACACGAGGCGGAGGCCUCCUGCGAGCCUUUAUUUAAGCAGCAGCAGCAGCAGAGCCAGGAAGCAGCGGAGGGCCUGAAAGAUGAAUGCGCUCAGAAGCUGCAGGGGCAGCUAACGCUGCUGCAGCAGCAGCACAAGCAGCUGCUGCAGGAGUGCAGCAAAGCUUCCAAGGCGAGAGUGACCGCACCUGACGCCUUCAUAGAGAUGCUGGGUCAGCUGCUGACUGCUUCAGGUGCAGCCCUUGGAGCAGCAGCAGCAGCAGCAGCAGCCGCAGCAGCCGCAGGAUGGGAAGGCGCUGCUGCAGUGCAGCAGGAAGCGACGGACCGCGCAGCAAGAAGCGCCGUGCUGCUUGUGGACGGAACGGAGUCGCUGCGACAGCUGCUGCCUGAGCUGCUGCAGGCGCUGCUGCGUCUUCCCGAACUGAUGUACGGCUGCGACUUAGCAGCAGCAACGGCCCCCGCCAGCAGCAGCAGCAGCAGCAGCAGCAGCAGCAGCCGCGGGGUGUGCAUAAUCCUCAUCGGGCGGCGGCCCCUGGCAGCAGAGGCCCUUGACGGGCUGCCGCCUCCCCCCUUAGUGCGCUUCGAAGCUUAUGGCCGAGACGCAGCAGCUUUUGUGCUGCAGCGCAGCUUCUUCUCGCUGGGGCUGCCGCUGCUGCAGGCGCGAACUGGCGAGCUGAUGCCUCUGAAGUUUGAAAAACGCAGCAGCGCCGCGGUGGAGGCCAUUGCCUAUUCGCUGCAAAUGGGGGCGAAGAUCAGCACUAACUCCUGGGGCUUUUCUUUCAGAUCCGAAGCCCUCAGACUGGCCCUCGAGCAGGCCGAGGCCAAGGGCCAGCUUUUCGUUGCUGCAGUCGACAAUGCGGGCGCAGACAACACCACGGCUAAGGAUUUCCCCCCUAACUGGGGCUACGACUGGCGCACUGGCCGAGGCUUUAAGAACAUGCUGAGGGUUGCCAAUCUCGCGCCGACGGGCAAACUCUCUACUUCCUCCAACUAUGGAAAGUACAACGUGGACUUGGCUGCCCCGGGCACUGAUAUCAUAUCGACUUUGCCUGCGAGGCAAUUCGGCGAUAAGUAUGGCUACAAGAGCGGCACUUCUAUGGCGACUCCUCUCGUUGCAGGCAUUGCGGCGCUGGUGUGGGCUGAACGGCCCAGCCUGACGGCCGCGGAAGUACGAGACGUGCUGCUGUCGACAGCAGCGCCGCUGCCGCCGCUGAAAGCUGCUGUGGCCAGUGGGGGCACUGUGGACGCACAUGCAGCUGUGGAGCUGGUGCAUGCGUUGAACCAGCGGGACUUGGGGCUGGAGGCGCCGCAGGCUGCUGCCUUUGCCCACUGGCAGCAGCAGCAGCAGCAGCAGCAGAUGCAGCUGCUUCAGACGUCCGCACCCGUCCCGUCCGCCAACGCCGGCGACGCGGCCGCAGCAGCAGCCACUACUGGCCAAAUGGCACCCACGAUACCCUCUCCCGCUACUGCUGCCGCUGCUGCUGCUGGGCAAAUGACGACAGACGGGUAUGGGUACGACGCAGCAGCAGCAGCGGCAGCAGGAGCAGCGCCGGGAAGCGGCUACGUCUAUAACGUCGUGAUCCCCUCUCAGCCCGUUGGCGGUUCCGAGAGCGCACCCCUGCCGUCGUCAGCCGAUACGAGCAGCAGCAGCAGCAGCAGCAGCAGCAACAGCAGCAACAGCAGCUACGAAAACAGCAAGGGAUCCACAAGCGCCGCGAGCUCUCCCAUUAGCUUCUUCUCGAGGCUACUGGACCCAUUCGCUCUCAUCGCCCGAUUUGUAAGAAUAGACACAGAUCUGGCACGCAACAACUAG